UGACGAAAAUAUUCGGAAAAAAACGUGACCGAUUAUGAACCGGCUUCUUACUUCCGCCUACUAACAUUUCUCAUGUAAUACACAUUUUGACCUUCAACAACUCACAUUACACCAGUGACAGUUGCAUUUGAAUUUUUCAAAGGGCAGAUAGACAGACAUGACUCUCUCAAAGUUUGCUGAGGAGCUGCCCGAGGGGUUUGGCUAUGUGCUACUGACUGGUGCAGGAAGCCUCUUCAUCAACAUGUGGAUGGCCAUCAAUGUGGGAAAGGCUCGCAAACAAUAUGAAGUCAAGUAUCCACAAAUGUACCACGAUGAGCCGGGACACAUCUUCAACUGCAUUCAGAGGGCCCAUCAAAAUACGCUGGAGGGACAGUCUGCAUUCAUGUUUCUGCUGAUGACCAGUGGACUGCAGUACCCGAAAAUCUCUGCUGGAGCGGGGACAGUAUAUCUGGCAUCCAGAAUUGCGUACGCCCUCGGAUACUACACCGGAGACCCGUCAAAGAGAAGGUGGGGCAGUUUCAUCCACUUGGCGGAAAUUGUGUUACUCGGUGGAACCAUCUCACUGGCCUUCAGAGUCCUUAAAUGGUGGCCAUACAAAUAAACUCAGAGCUCAAUAACUGCACAGAUGAUCACUUUAUAAACCCAUGAGCCGGCAGUGUGUUGUGAAAUUUAAAAUACGCAUCUACGCAUCUACAAAUAAUUAAAUGUGCUGGAUACAUUUGGGUUUUAUCUUUUGAGCAAAUGUUAUUCCAUUUUGUACAAUUGACAGUAUUCAUCAUUUGUAUGUGUUUACUUAUUUUAUGAACAACUUUGUGUGAUAGUACUUUUUCAACAAUGCGUGUCACCAAUGUUGACAUCGAAAAUAAAACCAUUUGUAUAAAUAUUAUGUUUUCCCGUUGGUUCGUAGACAUUUAUCAGGGUAAAUAAAAAUAUGACAUCUCACUGUUUAAAUAUCA